AUAAAAAUUUAUGUAACAAAAAAAAAAAAUUAAAUAAAAAAUUUCUUGAUGUUAUCUGAGGCGGCAAACAGUAAAAUGGCAUCGAGUAACAUCGUAUGUGAAUGGCUUCGUGCUUUAGGGCUCGCCCAAUACGCUCAGAGUUUUCUCGAUAACGGUUACGACGACUUGGAGAUUUGUAAGCAAGUUGGCGAUCCGGAUUUGGAUGCGAUUGGCGUCGAAAAUCCGCAACACAGACUAAAGCUGCUGAAAAGUAUCAGAUUGCUGCGUGAAAAGGGAGCUGCGAGCGUUUAUUUUCAACUCAAUGACCCAACAUCUUUGCUUCCGGAGAACAUUGAUGGAUUAGAACGUGAUACAAAACACAUGAGCGGUUUGGAAGGAAUUGUCAGAGAACAACUGAAAGCGGAUGGCGUUUGUUUAACCGCACAUCCAUAUUCGACACCGGAUGGCAGUCGAGGACACAUUGAAGGAUUGGCAUCCGUUUAUUGUGAAUUACUGAUGGCGCCGUUCAACGAAGUGCUGAUGUCGAUAGAAUCGGCGCGACAAGAAGCAUGGUCUGAACGAAGUCCGCAGCGAAAUUGCAUGGGAGCGAAUCGAGGGCAUCGGGGAUCGCUGCAAGGAGGUUUGCCAAAUAGUCAUAGUCAACCAAUUUAUGUGCCAGGGAAAUAUUCGCCAUCAAGUUGUCUUUCGGAUAAGGAAGAAGAUGAAAUUUAUGGUUUCGGUUACGGCGUUUUUGCUCCGCGCGUGGGAAGAAAUAACGUGCAGCCAACCGUUUGUAGUUCAUCGCAACCAAAUGCCACAAGUGUACCUGUAGCUCAGCAAAGCUGUUUAAGUCCACGGUCUGCCUAUUUUUAUGAAUUCCCGCCAACGGAUGGUCGCGAGACAAGCAAAAAACGAACAACAUUAGCGCGCUUACUAAGAGGAUUAAAGACUGUGAAUAGAAGAGAUAGACAAGCCAAUCAAAAUAGCGGAACAUCAACACAAUUAAGACAAAACGAAAGACUGAGACACAAUUUUCAAAUGAAUGGCGGAGCACAACCUAGUUUCGAGGAGACAAUACAAAGGUUAAAACUACAAGAAGCAAUUAGGAAAAAGGAAAAAUUUCAAAGGGAACACGAAGAGAUUCUGCGAGACAUACGACAAGGAUUACAGCAAAUGAGUCGUGAUAGUCGAGAUGAUACUUACAUGUACGAUGAAACCACGGGAACAACAUAUCGAUUAGGUCCUGCGCCUCCGCAUCAUCCGGGACAACAUUGGUAUGAUGAACCUCCGUACGAAAGUGAUCCUGAUGACUUUCUAAUGGGAGGGCAAUAUGGUCCAGCAGCAACUAUUCAGACUGGCGGGCGUGUUUGUUACACAUCUCAUCCCCAUGACGGACAAAGCAUAAUUUCCUUGAGAUCAGCAGGCGAUAUUUCGAUUGCGGCACAACAACGAAGCGCAACGCAACCAAGACGAGGCCUCAUUGUUCCGCAGCAACCGCCAAAUCCGCCAACAAUUAUCCCCUUGAAGCAUGCCAGAUCUCAUGACAGGGAGAGCGGAGAUUACGCAGGAUCUGUAUCAGAUAUUCAUUCUGUGACAUCUCGAUUGAGUCAGGUUUCGAUUGGUGCAAAUAAUUGCACAGCACGAUAUCGAACGUUGAGCGGAGGCAUUGGGGAAUCUCCAUCGCCAACCCCUUCCUCGGAUUACGACGAGAAUUUGGCAUCUGCGGCGACAGCUACGUGCGGCAGUACGAUGCACAGCGGUACAAAUGGCGGCAAUGAAUUAGGAGCUGGCGUUAAAUCUGGCGUUAAUAAUGCGAUGGGAGUUGCGAUGGCAAAUGCGAGUAAUUUAACGGGCAAAAUUAAACGAAGUAAUUUGCCGACACACAAUAACAAGAGUUUGCAAAUUAGCCAGAAAGCGACAGUACAUUAUUCAAAUGAUGCCCGAAAUCAGCAUCAUCAAAUGGACAACAUGAUAACUGGCAACGGCACAGGCAAUUACAACAACAAAGACACAUCAUUAGUGGGUAACAAUCGACAACAAGCGACGAAUUUCAGUACAACGAAGGAUAUUUCGCGGGACUUUAGCACGUCGCAAGACAACACAGAUCGAGGUAGCAUUAGCGAUCAGGCAUUUCAGUGCUCCGCGAGUUCUGUGGAAAGCCUACCAAGUGCUUCGGGAUCAAGCACGCAAGCAUUAGUUCGUCCCGGUAGUCCAAAUAGUUCAUUGUCAGCUGAUGAUCGAGGUACAUUAGCUGCGAUUUGUACCAUAUGCAAAGCCAAAGCAUUAGUUGAUAGUAACAAUCCAUAUGAUAAGGAUGCGCUUAAAUUUAAGAAAGGUGAUAUAAUUGAUGUGUUGUCAAUGAAUGCGUCGGGUAUUUGGCGUGGAUUCUGUAACGGGCGCAUUGGGCAUUUUAAGUUCAUUGAUGUCGAAAUUUUACCGGAUAGACCAACGAAAAUGAUAAGCAAUGGCAAAGGUAGACAAACAAAUGGCGGAAAUGGCCCGUCGAGUGUCGAAGAUUUGCUGAUGCGUAUCGGGCUUAAAGAAUAUACAUCAGUUUUUGUCUUAAAUGGUUACGAAGACUUGGAAUUAUUCAAGGAAAUUGAAGUUGGCGAUCUCGACUAUUUGGGUAUCGUUAAUACUGAACAUCGUGCCAAAUUGUUAGCUUCUGUGCAAUUAUUACAUGAAAUUGAUUCAACCUCAGAUGGAGACGUUGCAGGUUCAAGUUCUGAAAACGACGAAGCACACAAACAACAACUCAGCAAAUUAAACAACAAAAAUCAAACUUCUCCUUUCGGAAGACGUCAUUUUCCCCGCGAUUCGGGAUGUUACGAAGGAUCUCCAUUGCCAACAUCGCAAAUUAGUCAAUUGCCAACGUGCGAUGACACAAACAGCUUAGAUUCCGUCGUUACACAAUGCUCCAAUGAGAUUCUGAAGCGCGUUGAAUCCGCUCGUCGCAUGAUGCAAGAAGAAGGAUGCAAAGGACUUGCGAGAAUCACGAAAAAAGGAUUACUUGGAGGCUCUGUACGUAAUACAGCAGAUGAUUUGUGCACACGCGGCGGAGCGUUGAGUGAAAAAUCGAGCGAUUCGGGGGUCAGUAGCAGUUCUUUAUCCUCUGGACCUGUCAAAAACAAUCUAUAGCAAAGUAAAUUAGCAGCAAACAACACAGCCAUUUCCACCGUUACAACAACAACAACAACGUUAUCUACCGCUGAACCAAAACUCUAACAAUAAUUUAUCGUUUUAGGGAAAAAAAUAUUCGAAUUCUACAAUUUUUCUAUUAAUAUUAGAUUAUUGCUGAAGAAAAUGUAUGAA